AUGAAGGAGUUCGCUGCUCAAUGUAUGCCGGGGCUAGCCAUAGAUCUACUCUGCACUAGACUGUCUGGACUAAGUCAAUACAUGCGUGCCACUGGCGCUUGCCACGGUGUCAUCUUACAUCCUUACGAUCUCGUAUCUUUACUGCUUCGACAAACGAUAGCCUCGCAACACGCAACCCACCCUGCCCGAAAUGGACAGGCCUUGGAUGCCGCAUCAUCGCCCGCCGAAACAACUGGUGGAUGUCCAAUCCAAGUCUGGCCUGUCGAAUGCUGCGGUGCGACACCUAUCGGGCGUACGAAAACCCGGGUCGUGGGUGUCGGUGUUCUGCACCUGGGAGGCAAAAAUAACUCGCCGCGCAAGCUUACUCCGCCCGCCGAGGAGCAACAGAAACAUACAUUGUCGCUGUGGAUCUCGAACAAUUCAGAAUCACCAACCGACAUCAUUUGA